AUGGUACCACAUACUUUCAGAUUUCACUCGGCAUUGAGCGGAUCAAUUUCAAAUGCAGAAAGAAGAUUAUCGCAUAUAAACUCUCGAAGGCCUCUUGUUGGACAGAGGACCACACCGUCAGCGGCAUUCGUUUGGGCAAUUUCAAAUGACGUGCCCAUAGUAUCAUCUGCGAAACCUAUUUCUAAAGUUACUAAUCGCAUUGCAAGCAACGAUUUCAAACAGACCGUAUAUCGCAAGGUGGAAUUGUGCGCCGAAAACGAUGACGAUAUCGCGGAUGAAGAUGAAAAAAUUGAUCUCACUUUUGACAAGGAUUGUGACCCUGUUGCUGAUGAAUGUAAUGUUGGUGUCGACGACGAGAUUAACGAUAGCCUGGCGACAGUUGCCGACGGUGACGGCAGUGAUGACCAGAACGCAAGCAGCCCCGAUGUGCCUGCAGCGCGGGAUGUCCAAUACAGCACCAGUGAUAUAGUGGUGCUUCAAGGACUAGAUGCAGUGAGAAAGCGCCCUGGUAUGUACAUAGGUAAUACAGGGGAGAGCGGGGUGCAUCAGCUGCUGUUCGAGAUCCUAGACAACUCCGUCGACGAGUACCUGGCGGGGGCCUGUAACCGAAUCACAGUGACCCUGCGUGCAGACGGGUCGGCAGAAGUGAUGGACAAUGGAAGAGGCAUUCCGUGCGAGAUAUCGGAGACUACCGGUCGUUCAGGUCUGGAGACGGUGUUAACAGUGCUGCAUUCCGGUGGCAAGUUUAAUGAUGCGGAGGUGCAAGCACAGGAUCAACAGGACGAAUUCUACGACACCUCAGUCUCACGAAAGUUCCGAUCGCAACACGUUCGCGGGUUACGCAAAAAGCUGAAGGAUGCGAGUAAUGCACCUUACGAAUACUCAUCGGGACUGCACGGAGUUGGGUUGUCCGUAGUGAACGCCCUGAGCAAAUGGCUGCACGCGGAGGUUUACAAGGGUACACGUGUUUACUCCAUGGAACUUUCGAGGGGGCAAGUGGUUAGUCCACUGUCGAUGUCCCGGGGCCCAAAGCGCGCUGGUACUAGAAUUGCAUUCCUACCGGACUACGAAGACGUGUUCCGGAUUCACCACGAGCACACUUCCGAUGGUGAUUGUAAGGGCUGUGUGGAGGCCUUUCAAUUCGACACCAUUCGUACACGAGUGGAAGAACUGUCGUACGUUAAUCCGAUGUUGACACUGCGGCUUGUGGACGAACGCAAACUAAACGAGGAUGGCACUUUCUGGGAAGAAACGUUCAUGCACAAGGGCGGUACACGCGAGUUUCUGCAGGAUAUUAUCAAGGACCGUACGCCAUUGUACAAGGCCGCUAACAUCAUCAACAUUCGCGGGAAGUCAAACGGGGUCGAGGUGGAGACCUCGCUGAGCUGGUCCGCAGAUCCAAGCGCAGCUCAGUUGCGGGGAUUUGCCAAUAAUGUGAGCACAAUCGCCGGUACGCAUAUCGAUGGAUUCAAGGCUGCAAUAACUAAAGCCGUGAACCAUUGCUGUCGUCGCUCCGGAUAUUUCAAGGCUAAAGCACCACCCCUCAGCGGCGAAUUUAUUCGUGAAGGGAUGACUGCCAUAGUAUCGGUGAAGUUGAAGGCAGCAGAAUUUGACGGCCAGACCAAGUCAAAGCUCGGCAACCAGGUGGCUCGCACGGCGGUUGAGAGGAUCGUAUCAUACCAGAUGAUCGAGAUUUUGGAGAAGCACCCUCAGCUGCUGCUCGCCAUUUACAACAAGUCCCUGGCGUCUAAAAAGGCCUUCGAAGCAGCCAAGCAUGCUAAGGAACUUGUUCAGCAGAAAAACGCGAACUUCCUCACAACCGGACUUCCAACAAAGCUAUCCGAUUGUACCUCCAACGAUAUGGACGCUACCGAGAUAUUCAUCGUCGAGGGUGAGAGCGCUGCAGGUAACGCGAAGCAGGCAAGAAAUCGGCGCUUUCAGGCAGUGCUGCCGUUGAAAGGCAAAAUUCUAAACAUAGAGAAGAUCAACAGCGACCUUAAGGUGAUGGAAAACGAGGAGAUCAAGCUACUGAUCUCUUCGUUGGGCAUUGCCGUCAACCCACGUACAUGGCGUCAGGAUACCUUGAGCCAUGUGGAAACGAUGGUGCCUACUGGGACGCAGGAGAUUGUCCUCGGAGAAACUGAGGACGGUGACAAGAUUCUAUCGCCGCUGCCCCCCCUUCCGCUGCGGUACGGCAAAAUCAUACUGCUGACCGACGCCGAUGUGGACGGCGCUCACCUGCGAAUUCUUUUGCUAGGGUUAUUGUUCCGCAUAUGUCCCCAGCUCUACGAGCACGGUCGUGUAUACGUAGCAUGCCCUCCACUAUACCGCAUUACUAACAUGCGACGCAGCAGUGGCAACAAGGGUGACGGGCAGAGCCGUUCGGCCUACACGUACGCGUGGAGCGAGGCUGAGCUACCCGACGCACUGCAACGUGAAAUGUGUUCGCGCCAAGCGGGCAAGAUGGGUGACCAAAGUGGCAAAAUGCUUGAUUUUCCCGGCGAAAGAUCAGACGAACCCACUGAUGACAGGGUGGGAGAUAGGCCAACUCACAAGUUGAGCGAUGCUCGUGGCCUCUCUGUACAGCGUUUCAAGGGUCUCGGAGAAAUGAUGGCACAACAACUCUGGGAUACGACUAUGGAUCCUGAUAAGCGCAUUCUGAGACGGAUCUCCGUGCAGGACGGCCUGCGCGCCUCACAGAUGUUGGAGCUGCUCAUGGGUAGCGACGUCCAGCAGCGUAAAGAGUUCAUAUUCGCAAACUCUGACACGUUCCAGCUGCAUGACCUCGACCGUUAG